AUGUCUCCUGUCGCGGAGUUCCGUCCCCUCAAAGGAUUCGCUUCCUUGGAAGCCUUUCUCGAUGCGCUGCCGACGCCUUGCAGUCCUGAGGACCGUGGCCGAUAUCAAAAGAACCUUGCGGAGCGCCAGACACGAUUACACGGCUUCGAAUCAGGACCGUGGAGACUCACUCUCACCAGGAUCGUCAAUAAAUUCGGCAAAGAAGUUCUCGGAAAGCGGACACUGCUGCUAGCGCUCGCCGACUGGCAGGACUCUAUGGACUGUCCCGACAAUGGUGAAGCUGUGCUCCAGCUAAUCCAAGCGGAACAUCAAAGCCACGGGGAUCUUCAAUGCAAGCAUGUCGUGGCAGCGCAAGAAAAAUGGGAAUCCAAAUCAAUAAAGCUACCAUUGACUUCGACUCGCAGCUUACCAUGGGGCAAGAAUGCGGCGAAUCCCCCAACGAAACGCUCAUAUGCCGCCGAAGCAUGCGACGCAUGUAGAAGAAGUCACAAGCGUUGUAAGCAUAACGCGCCAGCUCCUCGGGAUUCUAUCACUGGGCCUGUCCCCGCCGGUCCGAGCCAAGAGCGUAGCGACAGUGUUGAAAACCACCCAGAGCCAGCAACUGUUCCAGCCGUGUUUGUCCAACAGGUCCAAUCGAGAGUGGAAUCCUCAGCUGGCGUCCCGGCGGACUCCGUAGAGCAGCUGGCGUUAGUGGAAACUUCCCCAGCUAUUAUCCAGACUGGCCAUGUCCACAGGGUUCAGUCAACAAAAGAACUCUCAUCUAUACCCCAGGCCAUCCAGGAGAAGGAGCUUGAGAGCCCAGAAGAGUCUUUGGGAAUCACCUAUGCCGACCCUGUCCAGCAGCUCGAGGCGAGAGGAGAAACCGGGAGGCUUACCGGAAACACCAUAGAUUGCUUGAUCCGCCUUGCCCCAACGGAAAAGGUCCUCUUCCAUGAUGCUGGAAACCUAUCCUCAUUGUCUCUACUUCGACACUGGAAACCGUUGUGGAUGAAUAACCGGUACGAUUCCAAGAAGGGCGUCAUUGUCCCCUUCAACAUCCCAGUACCGGGAGGUCAUUGGGUCCUCGUCUAUUACGAUAAGGAGCAGAAGAUCUCUCUGUUUGAUUCUGCUCCUAGGUCAACACCCCUCCAGGAUCUGGAAGACAUUGCGCUACAUAUUGGCGAAGCAAUUUCACCCAACCAUACUUUCACGUUGAAUGAGAACUGGCAUGGAAAUGUGCCUACACAGCAAGAUGGAUACAAUUGCGGUGUAUAUACUGUUUUCGCCGCAUGGAGACUUAUCUUGGAUGGCUGUCCAGACAUUCUACCCCAGGACAUAGAGCCCAACCUGUGGCGGACGCUUCUGGCGCAAGCCCUACGACCUGAUGACGAAGCUUUGAAGGCCCGACUAAUGGAAUAUAUCGAGACAAAAAUUUGCGAUGCACCCACGACCAUAUCCUGUAGCAUCCCUGCGGUUCGUCGUUUAAUGGAGGAGCUGGAAGAUACCAUCGCCCGCGAGAAGUAUGUCGAGCGCUACGCCGACAGCUUCGCCGACCAUGCCGUUCGAGUUUCCAAUAGCCUCCGUGGCAAUGCCGUAACGUCUUUGAACAAGGUAAAGGAACGCCUUACUCGCUGCAAGGAAAUGGAGGCCUCCAUGCAAGAGUACGCAGGGAAAUACAAGUCAGCAGCUGUUGAAUCUACCUUGGCUGGCAUGGUGUCUGAGUCGACUCGCGUGCAGGAACAGAUGCGUACUGCGGAAGACAUCCUCUCGCACGCCACCAGACUCCGCAAUGCUGCAAUAGAGUUAGGUGAUAUCUUUACCGCGAUCACGACCAAGCUUGCAUCCAAGCGGGAAACUCUUAUGCAAGCAAUCCAGGACGAGGAUGACGCCCUAACCAAGGAGAUCAAUGAAAGGAAGCAGUAUCUUCGAGCCCUUGACGGGCCUUCAUGCAACGCGGAACCAGCCCAACCUGGAGAUAAGAGCACUUUGCUAGAGGCUCAGGUAUAUGGGACUACUCUCGAGCGACCAAUUACCGUUAUGGAGGAUUCGACAAACGCGGGCCCAGACAAUCGAGAUCAUCUACUUGAAAAUGAAUUGAGAAUCCGGGAAACCCACACUGGCCGGGUUGAUGCUCUCUUUGAUGAGAUCAAAGAGUUUGUGGCAGCCUAUGGCAAGAGUUCCGGACCUCACCUGGUAGCAUUGUACAACGAUCUCCAGGACAUCAUGGACGAGAACAGAAACGGUUACUGGAAAGAGGUUGAUUCGCUCCUGAGUCUACGGACUCAGAAUCCUUCUGCAAGCACGAGUUCCAAGCUGCGAGUGCUUGUGACGACCACUGAUGAACUGGACAAUGCCUGCCAUGAAAGUGGGUGGAAGCUUCCAGAUAAUGUCGGCGCUCUUCUUCUGCGAAAUGCACACAAAAACCCUGCAUUUGACAUUGGCGCCUUCGCCACUGCAAUGGACCGGUCAUAUCCUAACACGAAGUUGGAAGGCCAGGAUUACCAAGAAGGACAGGGAAAUAAUGUCUUUUACGACCGGAAGGAAUACCUCCAGCGCUACAAUCUUCGAAUGAAAGCCCAUGAAUACCGUCGAAUUCGCGCAGAUGAUCUGCCUCGCAACAUCAUCAACCUUACUGGAGACAUCCUUCGAAGCGUCUCUGAGCCACAGGCGAUACGAAGUCUUAGAUGGGAUCUGCUUGACUUGCUCUAUCAACGGCUUCACUCUGAGAAACGGGAAUUCUACAGCGAUAAGGGCAACCUAGCUGGCAAGGAGCAUAGUAUGCUCAACUGGAUUCAUGACCUAUCCGCUUGCCAUCGUUUCUGUCUGUUCGCGGACAGGGGCGCUCCAUCUGUGCAACAUGUCGACCUCCUCAACGGAACUUGGGUCACAUGUCUGUCUGGGUACAAGCUUUGGUUCAUUUACGAUGGCAUAUGGGAUGAGAAGACUAAGGAAGACUUUGAAAACAGGCGCCAUUUGCCAACCGAACAUUGGAAGCUUAUCCUCCUUGGACCAGGUGACACAUUGAUCAUGCGUCCAGGCCAUUGCGUCAUUCACUCCGUCAUCACUCUUGAUGACGCCAUUAUGGCUGGGGGGAUGAUAUGGCCCCGAGAAGGGCUAGCCGAUGUCAUGCAGAAUAUGGAAUACAUCAUGACGCAUCUGGAUACGACGAAUGAGCAAGUGCCAAAACAGCUGCCAGAGUAUAUUGAGUGCCUGCUCACGCUGGCGAAGGAGCAGGAAGCAGAAGAUGCCGAGAUGUCCGUUGACAACAAAGCGCCCACAAGUCCAUCGCCCCCAUUUGGCAAAGACGAUGAAUUUCUCGACGCCGCCGCAAAGGAACUCUCUAUACAGCAACUGCGAGGCUACGGACUCCAAAUCACGCCAGCAGACGUGGAGGCCAUCAAUUCCUUGAAAGCAAAACUACUCCCGCAAUUGUCCUGCCAGUGCGGAUCUGAUGCACGACUAGCCGGUGUGCGUGCAUCCGAGCAGGGAAGGAAUGCGGUGCCCUUUGCCACACACGGACUGGACGCGACACCUGUGGGCACCAAGGCAGAUAACGAGGCUUGGAAGCGACCCGGCGAUAGGUGGCCCAUCUGGAAAGGUCUUUGA